AAGGACAAUGAAGGCUGAUGUUCGUCCGUCAAGCUGCGAAGGCGCAUUUCUUAAACGAUUUUGUGGGAUUGCGAUUAGUCAAAGUAUUAAAAUGGGUUAUUUUUUUACAUAGUGACCAAGCAGUUCCUGUUAAUUCUAGAUCAUGUGAUCGCGUCCGCGUUGUUUUCUGAUGAAUAUUUGGAUCUCACUCGGCGCACGGAGUCGUUCCCGAGUUCCUGUCUGUGCGGUAUUUCUCACUCGUCUUAUAUGCACUGGGAUGGUAGGCUCUGGUUUCCAAGUCGGAAUUAAUUACGUGUGUAGGCUAACUGAUUUUCAAUCCUAGCUAAGAUCUGAACGGUUGUCAGAAGAUCACACUGUUGCCUUUUGGUUCUGACUCAAGGAGCAGCCGCCAUAGAAAUUAUAUAAUGUCUGAAGUUAACAUUGCAAGAAAAAAAGAGAAGUGCGAAAAUUGCACUAAGCAGUGCAAUAAGAAACAGAGUGAUGAUGCUGUAGGCUCAAUGAAGGAAUGGGGUGUUGACAAUGGACAGGUGAGCGGGCAUCUCCCAGCCCAGCCAGUGUUGCUGAGUGCAUGUCUCUCCUGUGAGGGCUGUGUGUCUGAUGAAGAGAGUCAGAAAAUAUCUCAGCAAAACCUACAAGAAAUCAGCCAUGUUCUUGACCUAAAUAAGAAAUGUGAUGCCUCGAAGCACAAAGUGCUGGUUGUGUCUGUGUGUCCUCAGUCCUUGCCGUUUUUUGCUGUCAAAUUUCAUCUGGAUAUCCCAGAGGCUGCACAAAAGCUCUGCGGCUUCCUGAAGAGUGUGGGAGUUAAAUAUGUAUUUGACACAACACUGGCUACUAGCUUCAGUAUUCUGGAGAGCCAGAGGGAAUUUGUACAGCGGUAUCGUCGCAAGCAUCACGACACUCAUGCAAUGCCAAUGUUCACCUCCUCAUGUCCAGGAUGGAUCCGCUAUGCAGAACAUGUGCUCGGAAGUCUCGUCACUCCCCAUAUCUGUACAGCAAGGUCACCUCAGCAGAUCAUGGGCUCUCUGGUCAAAGACUAUUUCAGCAGGCAGCAGAAGCUGGCCCCACACCAGGUCUACCAUGUAGUGGUGGCUCCCUGCUUCGAUAAGAAACUGGAAGCAGUGAGAGAUGAGUUCUUCACCAGCCUGCUGGAGUCCAGAGAUGUGGACUGUGUGCUUACCUCAGGGGAAAUUUUGCACCUGAUGGAGCAGAGUAAUGUGUCUGUGGAGGAUGCUGAUUGUGUUCCUCUGGAUCACGUGAUUGGUGAGAUUGGUGAUCCAAGCUUGACAAGGCACGACAGCCGAAGAUCAGAAGGCUUCCUAGAGCACAUUUACAAAUAUGCAGCCAAAGAACUCUUUGGCCUGGAUGUUCAAGAGAUUGUGUACAAGACUCUCAGGAACCGAGACUUCCAGGAGGUGGUGCUAGAACGUGAUGGAGAAACGCUGCUCCAGUUUGCUGCAGUCUAUGGUUUCCGGAACAUUCAGACACUCGUACACCGCAUGCGAAAAGGAAGAGUGCCCUACCAGCUAGUGGAGGUCCUGUCCUGCCCUGGAGGCUGUGUGAGUGGGCGUGGUCAAGCAGAGGGGGAGGGAGGCAGGCCCGACCGAGCCCUAGUCCAGCAAAUGGAGGAGGCCUACAGCAGUCUUCCUGUGCGUCUGCCUGAGGCCAGCCUCCAAGUCCAGCGCCUUUACCAGGACUGGCUAGAAGGCCAGGACUCUCCGCGUGCCCAACAGACCCUCCACACCCAGUACAGCAGCCAUACGCAACUGCCCCUCCACACCCUCAUCCCUGAUAUACAGUGGUGAAAAAUGGAUGGACAUCAAAGGGACCAUUUAUUUCCUCUUUGUCUGGAAACUCUGUGUUUUGUAAGCAUUGAAAGGUUAAAAAAAAAGUUUAUGUUGUGAACAUGCUGAGCACAAACAGACUGCAUGGUGCCUGUUAUAAGAGACAUAUGACCUUUCAGAAGCCAGUCCAGGCUCUUUUUUUAAGUUAUGUAGUUUAUUUGCUUGUAGGUCCUCUUCAAAUGCUUAUACAAAAAUAUUAUAAAGCCUGUGGAAUGAUUGUUAUAACUCAAUUAAUGAGAAAAUAACAGCAAUAACAUCGGGCAUUGACUGUUUAAAAAACAUGUAUGAUCAUAAGUGAAAUUACCCCUAAGCUUGGAUACUGUCAGAAUGGGCUGUCAGUGUCUAUGUGGUAUUGUCUCUAAAAUAAUGAGGUCCAAAAAGUGCUAAAGACCUGAUUACUGGUGUCACAAUCUAAUAAAAACGUAUUUACACUCGGAACAGAAUUGACACUAACUGAAGCCUGAAAGUUGUGUGCAAUGGUUAUCAGUUGCUUUCCCUUGGAAAUAUUUUUUGCUUCUUAUUUCUCAUUUUCUUACUACAUCCAUGAAGG